CCACCUCGGUAUUAACCGGAUACUGAUUCGGACUUCCUGUCCACCUUCAAAAUAAAAGUGUAAAACAUUGAGUCUAAACCAGAGUCACGCGAUUGGACGGUUGGCCUCCAUGGUAACGGAACUGUUUGCGGAAGUGCAGCUCUCCGUUUGCAGCCGGAGAUUAAAGGAUGGCGGGUACGAGCAGGCACGACCGGGCAAUGUCUCUGAAGGCGCAGCAGGAGCUGAAGGAGUGCAAGGACCCGGUGGAGAGGCUCCGUCUGCACUGCCUGUCCCGAGGCUCGUCUGGGAUCAAAGGGCUGGGCCGGACCUUUAAGAUCAUGGACGACAACAGCAGCCGCUCUCUGGACCUGAAGGAGUUCCUGAAGGGUCUGAAGGACUACGGAGUCCUGAUGGACAAACAGGAAGCCACCGCGCUCUUCCUACAAUUCGACCGAGACGGCAACGGGACCAUCGACUUCGACGAGUUCCUGCUCACGCUCAGGCCCCAGAUGUCCCGCGCCCGACAGGAAGUGGUUCUGCAGGCGUUCAGGAAGCUGGACCGGACAGGAGACGGCGUGGUGACCAUCGAGGAUCUGAGGGGCGUCUACACCAAACAUCAUCCCAAGUUCCAGAACGGGGAGUGGAGCGAGGAGCAGGUCUUCAGGAGCUUCCUGGACAACUUCGACUCUCCCAACGACAAAGACGGGAAG